UUUUUUACCAAUGUAAUGAGACUUCUUAUAAAUGCUCUUUGCCUGUUUUCACUCAGCCACUACUCCUUUGUUGCAACUAAAAACAUGGGUAGUUUCAAUUUUUUGCACACUAAUCUCAACAGCAUGUCUCUCCAUCUUCUUCUCUUCUCUCUCUUCAUCUUUAAUCUCACAGCCAGUGGCCAGAGCUUGUUGCCAGACCCAGUAAACGGGCUUCUAUGUGCAAUUGUGAAUUGUGGCCAAGGAACAUGCGUACCUUCUAAUGCUACACUUCUAGGAUUUGAAUGUGAUUGUUACCCUGGAUGGAAGACCAUUCAAAUAGGUCCCUUGACCUUCCCCUCUUGUGUUGUUCCCAACUGCACACUUGAUUUUCAAUGUGGGAACGGUGCUCCGCCGCCACCCCCACCACCACCACCACCUACGUUCAAUGCUUCAAGCCCUUGCAACCUUAUUUGGUGUGGUGAUGGAAAAUGUGUAGUCAACGGGACUGGACACUAUUGCCAAUGUUUUGAUGGCUCAUCAAAUUUGUUAGAUAACCCAGAAUUUGCUUGUUUCCAACAAUGCUACUUUGGAGCAGAUUGCAAUACCAGGUUCGGCGCAAGUCGAUCACCACCACCACCACCACCUAGUAAUUCAGGCUCACCUGGAAAUGGACCCAAUGUUCCGGCAAAUUCUUCGAGGAAACUUCAAGCAGUAACUAUGAUAGUGUUAUCAGCAAUUUUCCUCACAUGUAUUUAGAAGGAAACAAAGAAGAUUUAUGUACUAAAUUUGUUAAGAUAAUAAUAUACUUUCAUCGCUCAUAGGUUAGAUAUUAUACAAGUAAAUUCUCUCACUCUCUAAGAUGACUUGUGAUUCCAAAUUGAAGAAAUAAAUUUUUACUUCUGUUUUUUUCCAGAAACUUAUUAGUCUUUGUAAAAUUGAGAGCUUGGUUUAGUCUAUAAUGUUUUAUGACACAAUCCAGGUGAACCUUGAAACUA